CCCAUUCGCACUCCCUCAACGAUCGGCGACAACUUUUGCGCGCCCAACCCUCGCACCAAAUCCAUACAAACUGGGUGAGGUGGUUAGAAUUGCCGCUCAUCAUUCCACCACAGCCUGUCCUGAGCGCGGUAAUUGGAAUCUCGCGCACCAUUGAUCUCGCUGCUAGCAAGAUCCCAGGAGAAGCUUUGAGCGGCGCUUAUUCCAAUCAGCACGGUGCUGUACAGCGUACAUGCAGAACAGAACACGCCUGCUUCUACUGUCAGCAAAAAGUCACCGUAAUCCCAGGCAUCCGAACCAGGCGGACUGCAUUGCAUGUCCAUCCCUCAGGCUGAUCUGAUCCUAACACGGUACGAUACUACGGGCCGCAAAGAAUCAAUCAAUACCCGUCGCCAAAUCUCUUUUUGUUUGUUGCCCGCUUGUUCCGCGUAAAAAAAAAAAAAAAAGGCCACGCCGAGUGUUCUUUACGAACUUGUAACAACCCGACCCACCAGCAAACCAGCAUACAUACCAACAACCCAAUUGAGCAGCCAAGCAGGCAGGCAAGCAAUUCACCCUUUCAAAGUAGUGCCCGCCGGACUAGACCGUACCAAGAAAGUCCCAUACACAGGACCUGAGCCCGACCCUGUCAAAUCUGGUCCGUAAGGCGAAGGAACUCCCGCAUUUCCCCCUCCUUGCCUUUGGCCCAAGCAAACGUGCCCCCAAAUCCCGUCGCAGCCCAACCUGCCUAUUUUUGCGCAGCCUCAAGCCCCGACACCCCGAGACACUGGGGCUUGCGUAAGAUCAGACUGGCCUGGCCUCCUCUCGUGCGGCAGCGUACGAAUCAGGACGAAGGCCUGUCGGGGAGGGACGGGCCCUCAACUCCAAAGGCCACGAUGGGACGCAAACCUGCACCUCAGCCGCUGACGCUUCCUGAGUCCAACCCUGUCGCUUCCUCGACCAGCAAUGACCAACAGCCACGCAUAGCUCUCACUGAAACGCUGCAAGUCAACUUGUCACCCGCAGACUCACGCUCACCACGGUCGCCCAAAUCACCUCGAUCACCAUUCAGAUUCCACAACAAGAAAUCGCCAUCUUCCUCCACAUCACCUUCCGCUACACAAGCGCAAUAUCUGCAACAUCAGCAGCAAGACCAGCAGCUACAGUCUUGGCGACCCUCCGACGAGCACCCAUAUCCUCCGAUAUCUUCGGCGUUGGAACAGGUGCCUUCUCAGAAUCCGACCGAGAAGCGAGGCGACACGAGCGACUGGCACAAUUCGCAAGACAACGGUCGAAAUAAAGCAACCACUAACAAGGCAUCACGGCACCAGCACAAGUCAUCGCAGCAAUCACUGCGCUCUCAGAACCAGCAACAACAGAGCCAGCACCAGCGGCAAGGUGACGACAAGUCGUCCAAGUCGGGCUUCUUCUUCAAUUUUGGCAAGUCCGGGAAAUCGACCGACAGGCUGGCCUCCCAUCAGAAAUCCGAGUCCCGGGCCGACACAAUGUCGAGGGGCUCUGAUAACUCCACUGUCACCAAGCAGAACUCAAAGCAGUCAGAAACGACUCCAGCGGACAGUAGUAGUGCGAUAAAUAGAACAGAAAAUUCGCUACCUUCCAAGUCUAGUACGUCUCUGGCUUCCUCGAUCGAUAACGAGUCUAGCUCCGGGAAGAAGGGAAAGCCUAAGCCUUUCGCCCUACUGGGUCGCUCAAGGUCACAGAGAGAAAGGGAUAGGGAGGGUCAGCUCAGCCCCAAGGACAAGGAAAAGGAGACACCCACAUCUGCGAAACAGCCGGAAAUCGAAAAGCCCGAGAGGGCAUACACAGCUGGAGGACAACACCCGUUGCGAACCGCUCCUGGGCAACCUGACCGCAGCUUCCGGGAAAUGGUGUCUUCCUCCAGUCGAAACCAGUCAGCCGAGAGGAAUGACAGGAGCCGCACAAGGGAUGCACACGGCCGCGACAAGGAGAACCAGAACAACCGGGAUAACCGCGAUAAUCAUUCUAAGGUGCAAUCCUCCACCGGUCAUAAUCAGAAUACAUCGGGUUCAGCAUUUUUUAGUGGUCUGAAAAGCUCAGGUAGCAAGGCCGCAGAUAUGAUCAGCAAGGGUCUCUUUGGCAAGGGUGGAAGGAGUAGCAGCACUACCGAGAAGGAACCGGUGGUAGACGACGAACACUACCAGUUAAAAGUCCUGAACUUGCCCCUCCGGGAACAAGUUCGCCGCACACGCAUUUCCAAAAGGCUCGAGGACUCCCGUGACAAGACCGAAUUCUGGAUGCCAGCGUUCCCGUGGCGCGCUAUCGAUUAUCUUAAUUACAAGGGAACUGAAGUCGAAGGCCUGUAUCGUGUGCCAGGGAGUGGUCCACAAAUAAAGAAGUGGCAACGGAAAUUCGAUGAAGAACAUGACGUUGAUCUUUUUGCCCAAGAUGAUCUUUAUGAUAUCAACAUCAUUGGCUCUAUGCUCAAGGCCUGGCUCCGACAGCUACCAGAUGAGCUCUUUCCCAAGCAAGCUCAAGAACGGAUAGCGAGGGAGUGUGCCGGUUCGGAAACGGUCCCUCAGAUGCUGAUAGACGAACUAUCCAACCUUUCACCCUUCAACUAUUAUCUCCUCUUCGCCAUCACAUGCCAUCUCAGUCUAUUGUUGGCCCAUUCGGAUAAGAACAAGAUGGACUUUCGCAAUCUCUGCAUUUGCUUCCAACCAUGCAUGAAGAUUGAUGCGUUUUGCUUCAAGUUCUUAGUCUGUGACUGGCGAGAUUGCUGGAAAGGCUGCAAGGACGAGGCAAAGUACAUCGAAGAAGAGUACAUGCUGUUUGACCAGCCGCCGCCGCGGGGUCUUUCAGAACAGAGGAAACGUCUCGAAGAAAGCCCCAUGGAGAACAGGACCGCUUCUUCAUCGGAAACCGCCUCGCAAUCGAAUCGAACCGAGAAGCAGCAGCCGCAGCAACAAAAGCAACAGCAAAAACAGCAGCAGAAGCAGCAGCAAAAGCAGCAACAAAAGGAGCAAACAAAGGAACAGGCUCCGCGGUCACGCAAGAAGACUCCUCAACUAGAGAAUGAUGAUGCGUCAGACUCGACCAUCUCAACAACUUUGACAAUAGACAGCAAGCAAGAGACGCCUCCGAGGCAACAAGGAGAGAUGCGACCUCUAUCACCGAUAAAACCGCUGUCGCCGCUGGGCUUCUAGUACCGUUUCUGGUCAUUCGGCGUUCAAGAGAGCUCAGUAGACUCAUCUCAGUCUUGUACACAAGAUGAUUGGAUACUGUCAUACUUUCCUGAUUUACUUGCAGGUCCAAAGCUGCAGUCAAUUAGACUCUGGGCACCUUUAGAAGGCCUUGUCUACUACUGAUGUGGACUACUCUGAACGAUCAUAGCUCCAAUCUCGUGGCACUAUCCUCGCGACUUGGUGGAAUCUUUCACGGCGCUAUUUCUUUGCAUCAUCGGACUGAUGCUCGCUGUCUUUAAGUUGUGAUCAAAAGCUGUUCUCCCUUCUCCCCCCUUCCCAGCAUUUCGUUCCAUAUCUUUUGUUUAUACCCCUUCGGCAUCUGUAGUUCUCUAUCCUCAUUAUCGGCUUUCGGACGCAUGAAGCACAAGGCGCGGAACUUUGUCCCUUUUUAUUAAUUUUGUAUGAGUCGCUUUCGACCCCGUUUACUUCUCACGUGUUUUUUCUCCUUUUUUCUCUCUUGCAAUUUGAAUUGAUGCUGCCUUGGAGGUUUGAAUACUGGGAGAAACGGGAAAAUGAUUAUAUACGCACUACAUCUGCGCCACUAUGUGGACAUCACUCUGAAAGGCUGGAAAUUUCGGAAAACGCAGCAGUUAUUAUUGUCGAAUAUGCAACCAAGCUCCACUGUG